AUGAGUGGUUUGUUUGUCCUUGGAUCUACCGGUUUGGUAGGUGGAUUCGUCGUCCAAGCUGGUCUUAAAUCCACCCAUUGGAGCAAAAUAACCACCCUUACAAGACGGAAACCCCAAUUUGCCAAUGAGGAAAAGAUAGAUGCCAUUGUUGACACCGAAACUGAUAAAUGGCCGAGCAUCGUUGGAGAUGUUCAACCAACCCCAUACGCCUUCAUUUCUGCAUUUGGUACCACUAAAGCAGCUGCUGGAUCAGAAGAAAACUUCAAAAAGAUUGAUUAUGGAACCAAUUUAGAUGCAGCUAGAGCAGCCAAAGAAGCGGGAGUCAAGACAUGUAUUUUGGUGUCGGCAUUUGGAGCCAGUACUAAAUCACCAUUUUUCUAUUUCAGAACUAAAGGACAAUUGGAGGAGGCUAUCAUUGCAUUGGACUUUGACUAUACAAUUAUUUUGAGACCAGGUAUGUUGGUUGGUAAAAGGAAUGGCAAAUCAGAUUGGGCUCAUAAGUUGGCUAGAUUUACUCAAAACCCAGUGUUUUCACCUUUAUUUAGAUCAAUUCAUGCUAGUGAUGUGGGUAAGAUUGCCAUCUUUUUUGCUGAUCGUGCCAAGAAGGGCGAUUUGAUGGAGAGGGUAAAGAUUGUCGAUGGCGGUGAAUUGUUGGAUUUGGUGGCAAGUGAGAAGCUCAAGUAG